UUAUGAUGUAUAGGAAUUUCUAGAUCUAGUAAUGAUUCACUCCGCAAUGAUAACACCAGUGAGUAAAAGGAUGUAACUUAUCUCCUAUUACAGGAAAUAGAUCUACUCUAUGAUCAUGUGAUUCUAUCACAUUUCUGAAUAAUGGCUGCUAAAAAUAAAGCUUCUAUUUCAAUAGUAGAAGAAGGAAGUGGACCACAAAGUCCUGAGCUAUAUAAACAACCUGAACAAGCUGUAGACUCUGGUGAGAAUGCUAAUCUAUUAGCAGGGACUAUACAAGGUAGGAGCAUAAGUGGAAGUGGUUCUAAUGGUUAUAAUGCUACUAACACUGCUAAUGAGAACUCUCCUCCAACUGAAGAAGAACCAUGUACUAAGAAAUUCAAGUGUCUCACAGCUACAAUCAUUGCUCUUCUGGCAGUCAUAGUACUGAUGUUGGUUGGAUACAACAGCUACUUGUGGACAACAGAGCUAAAGUCUCAACACUACAGUCUUAAUGCCAUAAUAGGUGAUGCUAGUGAGUCUGAACCUUUCACCUUUCUUCUACAAAUUAACUCAACUAUAUCAUCAGCAGCAGUAACAGUAACUGCAAUGAAACCAGACCUGGAACUAAAAGCUGAUGUAUACCAGAGCAUUUCUAAGCCGCCUGAAUAUACUGCUAUCUUGCAUAAGAACCUUCCCAAACUAACUGGAAAGUCACGAUAUAAUUAUAAUUAUCUUGAUGGAGAUCAGCCAGUCUAUCUCACACCUGGGUCUUCACUUCUCUAUGAUGUUAGUAUCAGCAAUAAUUCUGGUUCUACCUGUCCAGCACGUCUCUACCUAUUCAAUAGCCAAACUACGUAUGAUUCAUUUUUUCCUCCAGAUGCAACAAUAGAUCCGAUUGACAAAUCUCCUUGUUUAUUUCCAGACAAUGGAACUUGGUCCUUUAACAUUACCGAUUCCUCUGCUUAUUACGUGGCCAUUGCUAUAGAUACUGGUGUUAGUGCUUUGGGGAAUGUUACAGUAGAGAGAAUUCAAUACAAUACUACUGGACUUCAGCUUGAUAAACAACUGACACCAGCAAAUCCUUCUCAUGCAAUUACCACUUGUGAUACUGGAAACGGAUUUCUAUGCACCACCCAAAUUGAUGACACAUAUCUUAUAGUGUCAGUCAAUAAAGAAAGCCUUGUCGAUUUUCAGCUGAAAACAUUUCAAGUUUAUGGCACACUAAAGAUAGCAUUGUUCUCUUUGAUGCUCUUUCUUGUAGUAGUACUAUUGAUACUUGUGAUAGCAAUCUUUGUAAUAGCUGCUAGUAUGUCUUGUAAAAGCUGCAAUGCUAAAGGUAGUAAGAGGUAAUAAUAGUUAAAUUAUUAAACACUUAUAAUUGUGUGUGUGUGUGUACUCAGAGUACUUUUUUAAUGAUACUGACCACUGUCAAACUUAUAAAUUAUUUUAAAAUAAUUUUUACAUUCAAAUAACAUCAUUUGUUGAAAUCAAA